GCCCUGCCUCCCACUCUAUAUAGGGGAGGGCGACAGCCCAGAGCCCUGACCCGACCCAGCAUGCGCGGAGCAGUGGCUGCCCUGUCCCUGGCCUGGGCGCUGGCCCUGGGGCUCGCCCACUCCCUCCCUGGCAAACCGGGGGAGGCCGGAGCGCGGUUCCACCACGGGGCUGAGACCCAGCUCAACGCCACAGAGGUGGCGAGCCGGUGUGCGGACGAGGGGGGCUUUGAUGCCAUCACACUGGACGAGCAUGGCGUGAUGCUCUUCUUCAGAGGUGCCCACGUCUGGAAGGGCUUCCACGGCCCAGCCCAGCUCAUCAAUGCCAGCUGGCCUGAGAUCCAGGGCCCUGUGGACGCUGCACUGCGCAUCCACCACAAGGAGUCCCCCGGCGUGCACGACAACGUCUACCUCUUCCAGGUGCCGGGGGGCCAGGCAGGGCCUCAGUGGGCGGGGGGGGACGUGUUCUCCUACGACCUGGGCCUGGGGGUGCUGAAGCGCCGGUCGUGGCCCGGGGUCAGCGACUGCUCGGCGGCCGCGCGCUGGCUGGGGCGUUAUUACUGCUUCCAGCGUGUCCACUUCCUGCGCUUCCAGCCGGCCACGGGCCUGGUGCCCCCCGGCUACCCCCGCGACGCCCGCGACUACUUCAUGAGCUGCCCCGGGAGAGGGCACGGGCACAAGGCGCGCGGAAACGCCACCGCCAUGGGCAUCCGGGACCCCUGCAGCGGCCUCGCCUUCCAGGCCUUCACCGCCGACGACGCCAACCGCACCUACGCCUUCCGGGGGGGGCAGUACUUCCGCCUGGACUCCAAGCGGGACGGGUGGCACUCGUGGCCACUCAACCACACGUGGCAGGAGCUGAGCGGGCAGGUGGACAGCGCCUUCAACUGGGACAAGAAGCUAUACCUGAUCCAGGGCUCCCAGGUCUACAUCUACCGGGUGGGCCCAGGCUACACGCUGGUGCAGGGCUACCCCCGCGACUUGCAGGAGGAGCUGGGCAUCACGGGCGCUGACGCCACCUUCACCUGCCCCCACUCCGCUGAGCUCUUCGUCAUCCACGGAAACGCCCUGCAGCGGGUGGAUCUGACCCUGAGCCCGCGGAGCCCGAGGCUGGAGGGGUCCAUCCCCCACGCCCACGUGGACAGCGCCAUGUGCAAUGCGGACGGGGUGCACCUCUUCCACGGAAACACCAUCCACCACUACGCCAGCGUGGCCGAGCUCACGACGAGCCCCAAGCCCUCCCCCCCGCAGAACAUGACUGCCGUCCUCUUCGGGUGCCCCCACUGACGGGGCAACCCUGCCCGACCCCCAGGGGUGAGUGGGGCCUUCCAGCCGCCACGCUCCCUGAACCCCCCCGUUCCUUUACUGUGCCCCUCCCUUCCCCCUCCACCACACCCCACGCCCAGGGUUGUCCUUGGUCAGUAAGGACCCGGGGUUCAGAGGUGCAUCUGUGUGAGUUCCCCUCCCACCCGGGGAAGAAGGCACCUGGCUUGCUCUGCCAUCUGAGCACUCGCUCUGGCUGACCACUUUGAAGCCACGGUUCCUUGCCACCUGGCCGUCCCUCCACCCCCCAUUCCCCACUCUCACCAGCUUGGCACUUUCAUCAGCCACCCAUGAGUCACCUUGUGCUGCCACCUGCCUCUCUGCUGUGACCUCUGCAGGUCAGUCUCUUAGUGAUUGUGAGCUCUCAGCAGACUGGGCACAAACACUGUCCCACCACAACUGGCUUCUGCGCUCCUUGAGCAUUUAAAAUAACAAAAUGGCUCCUAAUAAAGCUUAUUUAGCUCUGUCUUUGAACAGUGGGAGGAACAGGUUAAACCCAGCCAGGGACCCUUUGGGAGGGGGGCACCUCCUAGCUAGAACCUCUCUCCCACCCCUCUUACUGUCACAGGGCUCUGGCAUUCGAGCCCCUGGCUUAACGAGGUCCUUUCAGCUGAGGGUGACCCCGCAUCUGGGACAGGUUACGCACAAUUCUGCUCCCCUUUACACAUACAAUAAAGAUGACAACCGCAUUUCAUA